AUGGCCCCAGCUCUCAAAUUGGUUCUGAAACCGCCAUGUAACGGUGAGUUCUACACCAUGGAGGACGUUAUAUCGGGUGAGUUCAUUUUGGACUUAGAGAAGCCUUUGUCGAUUAGAGAGAUUGUCAUCAAACUUGUGGGGAGCUCGGAAACGUUAGUAAGACCUGGCGAACAUUCAACAAAUGGGACUAGAACCAGUCUCCAAGUGCCACUUGAAGAUCAGCAUUCUGUUCAUGAGAUAAUGAACUCCGAGGUUAGUGUUUUCCCACCGCAAAAUGUCAAAACUGCCAUGCAGGGCUCAAAAAAGGCCUUCAAAGUGGAACAGGGUAGCUACACUUUCCGCUUUGACUUCGAAUUUCCCGAUACUCCACUGUGUCUUGCCACGCAUCCCAAAAAGCUCUAUACAUUUCUGAGUAACGAGCCCAACAUCGGGCUGCCGCCAAGUUUCAACAACGCGCUCAAGACUGAAGAGGUCCAAAACUUGGACAUCUACUUUUACUCCUUGGGGAAAGUUGAAUACUACGUCGAAGCAGUGGUUUUAACCGGCAAUGAGGACUCCUGGUUUAAACCUUUCCGGGCAGCGAGUCCCGCUUUAAAACGCACUUUCGAGCUCAUCCCAUCCAACUUCGCACAAAAGCAGCUGCAAACCAUCAUGCAGAGUGCGAACUCGACUCCUGUGAUGACCUUUUUAUCCAAAUUUGACGUUACAUUCGAAGACGAUGACAUUAGGCUCUGGCUCGAGGUGCGAUCUCGACAGCUGCGUUCGAUUUACAGACUCGAUUACCUGUUCCUUCCUGGAUGCAACAAAUUUGACCAGAUCUUCUUGAUUAUGCCCUUGCCGCUUCCAGAAGGGUCUGAUUUGCGCAUCGUGGGCGUAGAAAUCAAUCUGAUCGAAUUUGUCACUUAUCUAGCGGGCGGGCGUUCGAAUUCCAACCUGAAUAGCCUACGGCUGGCGAAAACUAAUGCCGAUCUUCAGAUCGAUCUUUCCAGGAGCUAUACAAAUUCAGAUGGCGAUCAAGAAUGUCUCAUUGACAUUGCUGAUAUCGAAACGCUGAGCAAACUUCGUUUCAACGAGGAGGACUAUCGGCACAGAGGUAAUCGUCUCUACAGCUUAAUAACCUGCAAUAUUAGACGGUUGUUCAAGUUCCAAUUAUUUCUACACAUGACUCUCAACGGACGGGACAAAUUCCAAUUUGAAGUGCUCACGGAUUUUGUCAACGUAUUUUGCGAGUCUGUUACAGUGGAAGCUCACCCCCCAGCAUAUGCUGAGGAAGAGCAGCUACCGAGCUACAAGUAA